AUGACGAUGGGCGAUUGGACGCCCACAGAUUCGAAUCUUCUCAACCCCCCACAGACAGCUCCCCCUGCCAUCCCCAGUGUCAAACCCUCCCUCAAGAGAAAAGCAUCCGCCUCCAAAGCUUCCUCGUCCAAAACCAUUCUACCAUCGAAAUCUAUGCCGCCCCCACGAGCUCCCCCAAGACAUACUAUUAUCGGUAACCUCAAUGGCGACUACUAUCCCUCGGCGGGGCAGCAAGCCGAAAGAAGCGGUAGCAGCAUCGCAUCUGGAUUUCGGACAAACGGACUGUCUGCUUAUCAAGUAGCAAAGCAGAAACAAGCAGAGGACGGGGAAUGGAGUGACGGAGAAGACUCUGAUGGGUGUGGGUUUGACGGGGAUCUGGAGAUUAUGGUGAAUGGUGUUCCAAGAGGGCAGAGGCUUGCCCAAGAUUCCUGGGCAGUGAUGGCUCAAGUCUUACAAAAUCAACCCCCCUCAUCCCCUACAACGCUCCAAAUACGGAACGAUGCCGAAUGGUACUACCAAGCCCUCGUCCAAAUAUCGAAAAGCCCAGGGCCGCACCAGAAGCCCCCCUGGGGCGACAGGAUGCACCGGCUGUUGAUGUUUUACACUUAUGUGUCGGACGUGGGGGACAAAAUUGUUUGUGCGAGGGCGUGUAAUUCUCUAGGGAGCGACUUUUCUACAAGAGGGCUGAGGGAGCUGUUGGGUGAUGCGGAGUACUUUGAGACGACUGGAAGUUUGAUCAGAGAUCCAUGA